AUGCUCAAGAGAUACCAAGCCCAUAUCGAUCUGGCAAAGGACAAGCUCAUCAUCCAAGGCCAAGAAAUCUCCUUCCUUGGAGAAGCCGAGAUUCCAAAGGAAGAGGAGGAAGCUGCCGUUCAAGAGCCUACCAUACCAGGUCCGGCGGGUACUGCCAUUGGCCAACGAUCUGGAGCUGUCAUGCCGGUGCAAGAUACCCCCUCGCAAACCUCUUCACAGCCUGCAGCCCAAGCCCAAGCACGGCCACCACAGCCGGCGGCGGCGGCACCCGCUCAGCCGGCAGCUCCGGCAACCGCAGCAACCGCAGCAACCGGCGUAACACCAGCUCACAUCGACAGUCUCAUGUCUAUGGGAGCUUCUAGGGAACAGGCAAUCCAGGCUCUUCAGGCCGCUGAGGACAACGUUGAUAUGGCGGCUAGCUUAAUCUUCUUCUAA